AUGCCACGUCGGCCACGCAAAGAUGAUGGAGAACCAGCGACGAUCAAGAAGGUUAAAAAGGAUCCAAACAUGCCAAAACGUGGCCAAUCGGCUUUCUUCCAUUGGUUGCACGAGAAUCGACAGCGUAUAAAGAAGGAGAAUCCCGGAGUGUCGGUUGGACAAAUCGGGAAAAUUGCUGGAGUUGACUGGGGGAAAAUCACCGACAAAUCGAAAUGGGAGAAGCUAGCCGCUGAGGAUCGCAAGCGUUACGAGAAGGAAAUGGCUGCCUACAAAGCAAAA